AUUCCACUGACUACAGGCAUUAUUUUUGUUCUGGACCUUGGAGUCCAGUUCUUAGCCCCGGUCCUGACACCUCUUUGCUGGAUUUAAUUUUGCUGGAUUUUUCUUUCUAUCAUUCAUCCACUUCAGGACUUUUAUAUUUGUCAUUGUUCAUUUGGCAACUGUUUGAUUUAGUCCUGGGGAUUACUUGGUUGACUCCAGAUCAGAACAGGAUUUCUGAACCCUAUGAAUGACAUACGGUGCACACCUUAGCAUUUCCAGGCAGAAAAGUGCAGUGGACAGUGAGUUAGGAGGCACCAUGAUGGCUUUACCUUUCUACCAGAAACAUCACCAACACUAUGACCGUGCGUACCGCCACAAAGAGCUGCAAUCCACUCUGAGCCAGUACCAAAAGGAGGAAAAGCGUAAAUCGGCUGUCUACAGUCAUGGGUCUACAGCCUACACUCGUGGAUCUGCUGCCUACCGCCAUGGGUCUGCAGCAGCCUACAGUCAUGAAUCUGCAGCAGCCUACAGUCAUGGAUCAGCAGCCUAUGGUCACGAGUCUGCAGCCUACAGUCAUGGAUCUGCAGCCUAUGAUCAUGAAUCUGCAGCUCACAGUAGGAGGUCUGCUGCCUACAGUCUUGGAUCAGAAUCUCUCAGUAAGAUGUCUUCAGCCUAUGAUCAUGAAUCUGCAGCUCAGAGUAGGAGGUCUGCUGCCUACAGUCUUGGAUCAGAAUCCCUCAGUAAGAGGUCUGCUGCCUACAGUCUUGGAUCUGAAGCCUACAGUCACGGACUAAAAGAUUCCAAUAUAAUGAUAGAAGAUCGAUCCUAUAAGUUGAGUCCCAAAGCAAAGAGGGCAAAGCAGAGUUUAUUCUCUGAGGAGAAAGAAAAUAAAGCCAUUGACUAUGUAGUACCAGUGUUCACAGGACGUCAAAUGUAUGUCAGCGGAAUUACAGAUACAGAAGAGGAAAGAAUUAAGGAGAGUGCUGCAUACAUUGCCAGAAGGAACCUCUUUGCUACAGGCGAAGGAAUUAGUGCAACUAGAGUGGCCACUUCAUCCUCUACAGAAGAGCAGCAUGAAAAGAAGUCAAGGAAAGUAGCGAUACGAGAGUCAGCUGAACGUCUGGCCCUGAAGAAAACGUUAGAAGAGACUGAGGAAUUUCACAGAAAGCUGAAUGAAGAUAAACUUUUACAUGCUCCUGAGUUUGUUAUCAAGCCUCGUUCCCAUACUGUCUGGGAGAAACAGAAUGUCAAAUUACAUUGUACUGUGACUGGCUGGCCAGAACCCCGUCUUACAUGGUACAAAAACAAUGUGCCCAUCAAUGUGCAUACUCACCCUGGCAAGUAUUUCAUUGAAAGUCGAUAUGGGAUGCACUCACUGGAGAUUAACAAAUGUGAUUUUGAAGACACCGCUCAGUAUCGAGCUUCUGCUAUGAAUGUUAAAGGAGAACUUUCAGCUUAUGCUUCCCUUGUGGUAAAGAGAUAUAAGGGAGAGUUUGAUGCAAGUUAUUUUCAUGCUGGAACUGUUACCAUGCCUCUCAGCUUUGGUGUUACCCCCCAUGGCUAUGCUUCCAAGUUUGAAAUCCACUUUGUUGACAAGUUUGAGGUAACCUUUGGGAGAGAAGGAGAGACAAUGAGUCUGGGUUGUACAGUUAUCAUUCAUCCCGACAUUAAGCGCUUCCACCCAGAGAUCCAGUGGUACAGGAAUGGUGUUCUUAUUACACCAUCCAAGUGGGUCCAGAUGCAUUGGAGUGGGGAGCGGGCUACGUUAACCCUUGCUCAUGCUAACAAGGAGGAUGAAGGUCUUUACACUCUUCGUGUGGUCAUGGGGGACUACUAUGAACAGUACAGUGGUUAUGUCUUUGUUCGAGAUGCAGAUGCUGAAAUGCCAGGAGCCCCGGCUUCACCACUGGAUGUGGAGUGCUUGGAUGCUAACAAGGAUUAUGUCAUCAUCUCCUGGAAACAACCUGCUGUUGAUGGAGGAAGCCCCGUCCUUGGAUACUUUAUUGAUAAAUGUGAGGUUGGCACCACUCACUGGUCCCAAUGCAAUGAGACUCCGGUGAAGUUUGCUCGUUUCCCUGUCACGGGUUUGAUAGAAGGUCGCUCCUAUAUAUUCCGAGUCCGGGCGGUGAAUAAAGCUGGAAUAAGCAUACCAUCACGGGUUUCUGAGCCUGUGGCGGCUCUGGAUCCUGCUGACAGAGCUAGGCUUAGAAGUCACCCUUCUGCUCCCUGGACAGGACAGAUUAUUGUCACUGAGGAAGAACCUGCAGAGGGUGUUGUUCCCGGCCCGCCAUCAGAUCUCCAUGUUAUUGAAGCCACCAAGAACUAUGUUGUGCUCAGCUGGAAACCCCCUGGAGAACGGGGUCAUGAGGGUGUCAUGUACUUUGUGGAAAAGUGUACUGCAGGCACAGAGAACUGGCAGAGAGUGAACACUGAGAUCCCUGUAAAGUCUCCUCGCUUUGCUGUUUUUGACUUGGCUGAAGGGAAAUCUUACCGUUUCCGUGUUCGCUGUUGUAAUUCAGCUGGCAUUGGUGAGCCCUCAGAAGCAACUGAAGCUACUGUGGUGGGUGACAAACUUGAUAUUCCCAAAGUCCCAGGCCGUAUUAUACCAACCAGGAAUACAGAUACCUCAGUGGUUGUCACUUGGACAGAAUCUAAAGAUGCCAAGGAGUUGGUUGGGUACUACGUAGAAGCAAGCAUAGCUGGAUCUGGCCAUUGGGAACCAAGCAAUAACAAUCCAGUGAAAGGCACAAGAUUCAUUUGCCAUGGACUCCUCACUGGUGAGAACUACAUUUUCCGAGUCAGAGCUGUUAAUGCAGCUGGACUCAGUGAAUAUUCACAGGAAUCAGAGGCUAUUGAAGUCAAAGCAGCCAUUGGGGGAGGAUUGCUUCAUGGUGUGUGUCCUGAACUGAGUGGUAAAGCUGGUGGACUAACAGACUACACUACCUCCUGGGAAGGCAUGCAUGAGUCCUCCCAGCCUAUUUUUGACACAGAUGCUUUGCUAAAAUGCAAUGCUAAAUUUAACAGACACGUGCUACCCAGUAGCUCUGAUAAGCUGGGGAGUACAGGAGUCAGUGAAGUAAGAGAAACGGUUAAGAAUGUUCCUACACCUUCACCACAGAAGGGAGCUGCUAAGCAGGCAAGUAAGACUCAACCUGGGGACCCUUUGGCAUUGGAGAAAAUGAAAGAGAAGAAAGAUAUAGCUGCCCCAUCUCCACCUUAUGACAUCACUGUACUUGAAAGUGUUCGUGACUCAAUGGUGCUAGGAUGGAAACAGCCCAAAAUCAUUGGCGGAGCUGAAAUCACUGGCUACUAUGUGAACUAUCGUGAAGUGAUUGAUGGAGUUCCUGGAAAAUGGAACGAGGCCAACAUUAAACCAGUUAGUGAGAGGGCCUACAGGAUUCACAAUUUGAAGGAAAACAUGGUGUACCAAUUCCAAGUGGCUGCUGCUAACCUAGCUGGGGUCGGCACACCCUCCCCACCUACUCGAUCCUUCAAAUGUGAAGAAUGGACCAUUGCUGUUCCAGGACCACCCCAUGAUCUCUUAUGCACUGAAGUUAGAAAAGACUCUUUGGUUUUACUGUGGAAACCACCAGUUUACAUUGGCCGUAAUCCUGUAACUGGUUACUAUGUUGAUGUAAAGGAAACAGAAGCAACAGACGAACAUUGGAGGAGUGUCAAUGAGAAGCCAAUUGCAAAUAAAUUCUUAAAGGUCAGUGGCCUAAAGGAAGGUGUCAGCUAUCUAUUCCGAGUGCGAGCAACAAAUCAGGCUGGUGUCGGGAAACCUUCUGAUACCACUGACCCUGUCGUAGCAGAAACACGACCAGGAACUAAAGAAAUGGAAGUAGAUGUGGAUGAUAAUGGAGUCAUUUCCCUGAACUUUGAAUGUGACCAGAUGUCUCCAGAUUCUAAGUUUGUCUGGUCCAAGAAUUAUGAACCAAUUGAGGAUGAAUCUCGAUUAGCCUUUGACGCCAAAGGCGGAAAGUCAAAAGCUGCUUUUAAAGAUCUUGGGGAAGAUGAUUUGGGCAUUUACUCUUGUGCUGUCACAGACACUGAUGGAGUUUCAUCAAGCUACACAGUAGAUGAGGAAGAGAUGAAACGCCUGCUCGCUCUCAGCCAUGAGCACAAAUUCCCAAGUAAGUGAAAUGAGCAUGCUCAUAGAAGAGAUAUUGGCAUGAGUCCCUGCCAGCAACAGCUAGGGGAGCUGCUCCGCUGGCUCACAAGAAAAGCAUGCAAUGUGUGAAGCGGAGGUUAUGGUUUCUACUAGUCAGUCUUUCAAUUCUUCCCAGUACAUUAAUGUAUUAAUUGAUGCCUUUGCUGUUUAUUUAGAUGCUGCUCUCUAGCUGUACAGUAUAAUCUAUAUAUUGGAUGUGUAGUAAGCAUUCCAAUGGAUUUGUUUUUUUUCUGGAGCGCUGAAUUUUACACUUACUCAGGACCCUAUGAGUUGCCAAGCCAGUGUGAGAGUUUAUAAUUUUCUGCCCCUUUAACUUUAGCUGGCAAUAUUACUGCAAUGUAAGUUAAGACCAAAUUCAAGGUUAACAAAACAAAACAUCACAGCAAGUCCAGCUAGAAUGCACCAUCUGCACAGGAGUUUUCCUUCUGAACUUCCCCACCUUCUUCUUUUUCUGUUACUGUAGACAACCUGACCAUUCUUCCUGUUACACAGGUCUGUACCUUGAGGACUAUAUUUAAUGAUUCCCUCGCCUACUAGCUACAGGUUUUAUUUAUCACUAUGCUACUCCAGUUUUAAGCUGGUGCAAUACCACUGUUUUAAACAGAGUCACAAUGGCGUAUAACCGAAGUAACACAAUGGUGAAUCCAGUCCCGUAUAUCCAGGUCUAAAUCUUGCCAUAUCUUCCUCCACUACAUGUCUAAGUUCUGACUAUUCCUCUCAAUCCCAGUAGCUAAAGUUCUUGUCCAUCACCUCCUAUCUUUAUCUCAGCUACUCAAACCUCCACCCCUCCAGUCCAUCCAAACCGUGACUGCUAAAAUGGUCUUCCUUGCCUAUUAGUCUGACCACAACACCUCUCAUUCUGAAUCCCUUCACUUUCUCCCUUUUCUACACCACUUCAAGGCCCUACACAACUCUACUCCGGUCUACAUAUCCGUCAUGGUCUCUUAUUGUGUCAUGCACUAACUGGCCUUUUCUGAUCCAGUGAUGCCAACCUCGAUGUCCCACUUGUUUGCUUCUUCCCCAAAAACCUCCAUGACUUUUUCUAUGCCAUUCCCUACAUGUGGAAUGACCUCCCAAACUCUACAAUCUGCUACCUUCUCAUCAUUCAAAUCUCUUUUUAAGACUUACUUCUUCUAUGAUGUCACCAAAAGCAAGUCAACAAUAUUAUUAAUUUAUAAUAAAAUCAGCAACAAAAAUAAACUCUUAAUUGUACCUUCAUACCCAAAGUUAGUAACCACAAAGUCGUAUUCCAUCACCCUUUGCCCUUCUUCACCCCAUCCCUUCUCUGUCGAUUGUUCCCCCUGACUGUGUCAUGUUCUAUAUAAGAGUGUGAGUUCUUCAGGGCAGAGAUCACGUCUUUCCCUUUGUAUUAUCAGGGACCCACCAUAUAUCUAGACACUGUAAAGUAUUAAGUAACAAUAAGAUGAGUUGUAUCCGCAAAUGCCUAAGAGAAGAGAAAAUAGUAAUGAGACCCCCUCGGGUAUAUGAGGAGCUUCAGUCUCACCUCCGGAUAAACUAUUUUUACAAGCACUAACAAAAUUAGUAAUGUAUGUGAAAAUUAAUCACUAGAACUUGCAUGUUCAACUUAAACACUUGCAUGUUAAUUUAUUUAAACUGCUCAGUGCUUACUUUAACACAUUUAACUUGUGUUCAGAAACAACUACAGCUGGCAAGCUUAUUGGUAAGUGGGCUGCUUGAGUACUCCACACAAAAGGUAUGUCUGCACAGCA